AUGAACUACAAACUUACAAUGUUUGUCCUGUCUCAAAUCAGAAAACUAUCAACUUCUCGAUUAUCUCAACAACACAAAAACCAUUACGAUUCCUUGGGCAUAGCGAAAAGUGCCACACAAGGGGAUGUGAAAACUGCUUAUUAUAAAUUGUCAAAGGUUUAUCAUCCAGACAGGAAUCAGGGAACUACUUUUGAGCAACGAGAACAACAUUCACAGAAAUUUAGAGAUAUAUCCGAGGCUUAUGAGAUUUUAGGAAAUGUUAGAAGUAGGAAGAUGUAUGAUAAAGGUUUUUUGGGUGGAAACAUUUUUGGUCCCAAAGUCGCUGAAUCUACCCCAGACGACCCAUUGGCCAAAUUCUAUAAAUCUCGCGAGCACAGAGCCAGGCCACCAAAUCCAACUGGUCAACAACCGAUUUAUGAUUUUGACGAAUGGUCCAGACAACAUUACGGAGCUUCAGUUAGAAGAGACCGAGAAUUAAAAGAGAAACGGGCAGCCUAUGCUGCAGAGAAGAAAGCAAAAGAAGAGAAUAAAUAUGAAGAGUUCAGCGUCUUGACGCUACUUGUGAUAAUUUUUACCUGUUUAGUAAUACAACAAUAUGCUGAAGGUUUUGCAUAUGAUAGACCUAAAAAGGGAAAAUAUUCUAUGGAUAAUGAGGAUGUAAAUCGAAAUGAUUGA